AUGCAGCAAUAUGUGCACUUGUGGAAAAACAUAAUAGCGAAAUUCCCUCUGACUGUGUCACAGUGGUCAGCACACACGGCAACAGAUCAUCAACAGAGCAUGCUGGAGGCCAUGAAAUGGGAGCCAGUAUGUCUGCACACUGCGCACCGACUCCGCAUGAGCCGGGCAGCGAGAUAUAAAAAGAUUGUUGUUGGGCAGGCGACCGCGGUAGGAGAGGCUCAAAAAAGCAUACACGAUCCCUACCAUGUCAUACUCAUGCACUAUCAGCAGUGCAAAUACCACAUUUCGCUUCAUAUGGCAAAUCGCCCUCAUAAUGCGCACCGUUAUUGCGCAAGAGCACUUGAGCGCCUACCAGCAGACUAUUUGAAGGGCCUUAUCCUGCUUUCCAUGCUGUGUACAGUUCAGAACGGCGAGAUCCAGCCGAAGCCAGCUAAGGAAUGGCUUUCCCCGCAAUAG